ACAAUCAAUUUGAAGAAUUUAUGAAGAAUGAGUGUUUCAGGUCAGAGAAAGUUGUGACUGACUCGUUUUUUGUUGAAAAUUUUAUAUAUUUCGUAAAAAAGUUUUUAUAAACCUAUUGAUCUCAAUAUUCGUAUAAAUUCUAUAAUCUCAUUUCAAAAUGGCAAAAAAAUUCCCUUUAUUUCACCCAUUUUCCCGGCGGCUUCAUAUUGUUCUACUAUGUAUGAUCGGAUUUUUCUGCACAACUUUUAUGAGAAUUCAUUUUGCACUGACAAUGACUUGUAUGGUUAAUUCUACUGCUUUAGCAGUGGAAAAUGAAAUUAAAUUGGCCGGAAAUUCAAAUGUCUCUGAAAUUUCUAUUAUAGAGGAGAUUAAUUUGGGAUCUAAUGGUCAAUGUGGUUUGAUGGAUGAAGAUGGGCAAAAGAAAGUUGUUGUUGAUUAUGGGGGUGAAUUGGUAUGGAACAGCUACGAACAAAAUCUUAUAUUUUCUGGAACAUUUUGGGGAUCACUUAUUACAGUACUCCCUUCAAUGUUCUUCAUUGAGCGCUUUUCUCCACGUCACGUACUUCAAAUUUCUGUAGCCCUUUACAUUUUGGUUACCGUAAUAACUCCUUUUUUGGCGACACAUUUCGGAUAUUUUUCAGUUUUCCUGGCAAGAAUUGGAAUGGGGUUAGGAGAGGGUUUUGUAUUUCCUACGAACAAUGCAAUUAUUGGGAAUUGGUUUCCCAGCUCAGAAAAGAGCACAGCUUUAUCAAUUUUUACAUUAGGUAAUCAAAUUGCAUCAGCUGCAGGAAGUCCUAUGGUAGCAGCGGUUUGUGCAUCUGAUUUGGGAUGGCCAGCUACUUUUUAUUUUGCUGGAAUAUUUGCUACUGGAUGGUCGAUUCUCUGGUUCUUCACAGCAUCUAGUCAUCCGGCAAAAGUAAAAAUGAUGACAAAGAAGGAGAAAGAGUACUUAUUGGCAAAUGUGGUAAAGAAAGUGCACAAGUCCGAAAAAACCCGUUCGAUUCCAUACUCUAAAAUUCUAACUUCUCCUGCAUUUCUUGGUCAACUUCAAUGUCAUUUCUUUGUCAAUCUUUUCAUGACACUAUUUCAAAUUUACUUGCCUUCAUAUUUCAAAGAAGUUCUACAUUUGGGCGUUAUUGCUAAUGGUACAUUUACUGCAAUUCCCAACAUCUUCAAUAUGAUAUUCAAAGUUGUUUGGGGUAUUGGAAUAGAUAAAUUAAAAGAAAAUAAGAUUCUCAGUAAUACUAAAGCUGUAAAGGUAUCACAUGGUGUUGCAAGUUUUGGGAGUUCCUUCUCACUUAUUUUACUUGCAUUCUUUGUCGAUUGCUCUAAUCCAACAACUGGCCUUAUUUUCUUCUGUUUAAUGUAUAGCUCAAUGGGAACAUUUGUGAGUGGAUUUUACACAUCACUACUCAGUUUGGCACCACAAUAUACUGCAACCAUGUCUGCAAUUUCAAUGUUUGUUGCAAUGAUUGGUAGAUUGACAACUCCUGCAGUCAUGAGCAUGUUCAGAAAAGACGGAACCGCUGCGGAGUGGCAGAAUAUCUUCAUAGGAUGCUCACUGGCACAUAUUUUCUCUGGUUCAAUAUUCUUGUUAUUCGGAUCAGGAGAAUUACAAGAUUGGGCUAAAGUUGAGGAUGAUCAGGAGAUGAAUGAGAAAGAGAAGCUGAAGACAAUUGAGAAUGGUAUUGUAGUUGUUGAAGAAGUAGAUGUCAAAAAUGAAAUGAGCGCCACGUUGGUGAAAGAGGAUUCGCUGUGUCUUUGAUAAUUUACAUAAUUUGCUGAUGAUUUUUUUUUUCAUUUAAUAAAUAUUUUAAAAACUUCUUU